AUGGGUUUCGCCGCAGGUUUCACUGGUGGCCUUACGCUCACUCUCGCUAUCACAUAUCUUAGUACUGUAGCGCACCAACGUUCCCGUGAGGCACAAUCGCUUCUUGUCCAGCAACAGUCGCGGACACUCGACUCCACGACGGAUAGGCCGUUAGCUCCACUACGCCUAACCCGCGCAGAGCUUGCAGCAGCUUCGAGAGCGAAUCUCGUUGAUAGCGCAAAGGAUAGAUGGAAUUCCGAACUAGAAGGAGCCGUCCGAUGGCUUCAGACCGCCGACUGGGGACAAGCGAGAGAGAGGCUUGAGGAUAGAGUCGGUGGCCUAUUCGUCAAUGAGGGCGUAAAAGAAACUCCUUCUCAGGCUAAAGCAGACGUGUAUGACCAAGCCUCUCAGAUAAAAUCAGGAGUAUUGUCUGCCCUCGAGGAGGGUCUCUCAAAGGGGAAGGAUGUCCUCAAAGAUGCGAGGGGCUUGGUGAGUGGCAGGUUGCAAGGGACCGAGGCUGCUGUGCAAGAGGUGGACCUACCCGAAUCAGACAUCAAGAAGGCAUUGAAGCAGCGUUAUGAGGGGGCCACGUACCAGCCAAGUCUGCUGCAGAAGUACUGA